UUUCACCUUGCAACCUUUUCACAAGACUAACGUGCACUCAUCUGUUUCACAUAUAAGCAGCAAUCCCACCCCCUUUCUCUUUUGCUCAAUCAAAUUAAACCAGCAACGUCGUCUGAUCUACUCCCAUGGCCGAGCCACAAGGUGACGACAGUACUACAUCUGGAACUCGACGUAAGGGGAUAGGAAAGCGAGGUUUGGCACCGGCAGAGGUAGAGCCGGCCGUUUCAGCAGCAGCGGCUCCAUGCGGAGCAUGCAAGUUUUUGAGGAGGAAGUGCGUGAGUGGGUGUAUUUUUGCACCCCACUUCGGCUCAGACCAAGGAGCUGCGCGAUUUGCAGCAGUGCACAAGGUGUUCGGAGCAAGCAAUGUGUCUAAGCUCUUAGUGCAUGUCCCAGUGAACCGGAGACACGAUGCUGUGGUUACAAUCUCGUAUGAAGCUCAGGCGAGGUUGUCCGAUCCUGUUUUAGGUUGUGUUUCUACCAUACUUGCUUUACAACAGCAGGUGGCAUCAUUGCAAGCGGAGCUGGCAAUGGUGCAAACUCAGCUCAUAAACAGUAGGUUUGCAUUCUCAAAUGUCAUUCAGAACUCACAUCAGCAUGCGCAGGAGCGGCAGCAUCAACAACAACAACAACGGCGUGACUUUCAAACAGUACUGCAACCUGACUACUCCAACAAUUCUUCUGCUUCCACUAACCUUGUCAACAUCAAUGGCUUCACUACCACAGAAUUCGACCUUGCAGGGGAUACUACUGCUCCAAUAUCCUCCCAAAGCCUAGAUCCUUUAGUACUACCGCUUUCAAGACCGUCCCAGGAUGAGGAAGAAUACGAGGAAGAGAGCCGGAUUCCACCCGUUUUCGUCAAUAAAACUCUUCACCUGAGUUAAUGACUUCGUACAAUUGUCAUAUUUUUCAUCCAGAAGACUUUCUUUUAUAACCAUCUUUCAAUAAUUAUACGUAUGUAUAUGUUAGUGUACGUUCUGGUCCAUAAAAUAUGUAUGUCAAUGGGAUAAAGGAUCGUGAGUUUCCAAUGGUAUAUAUAGCUUAGGGAUCACUUGUUUCAAACAAGUGGGCACGGCAGAAACAUGCAGGGAGUUGACUAAGAGUUUUAUAUGCAACCAAACGAUGAUAUUUGAUAAA